CUAGAGGGCCGAGUUACACCAAGUGCUUUUCCCAGGAUAAUCUUCUCCUCCGAGUUCAUCAGAUCAAUGCUUGUCUGGUCAACUAAACCGCGAUGACUCUACUUCUUCCUUACCUUCAAUCUGAGCUGGCAUAUGCACAUAUGCAGCCUGUAUGCACCGUACCGAGGCUGGUUCUCUCACUCCUUCCAGGAAAACAACAACAGCAGCAGCAGCAGCAACAGCACCGAACCAAGAGCCAAGACCCCAUCCAAGAAGGCUUAAUGCGACGACCGGACCCAAGAAACCACUAUCGCUCACAAAAGUUUGAACUCAACCCUUUUUUUAGGCAAGCCUACCACAGCAUUCCACACGAAUCUUUCCAUUCCAAAGCACACCAACUCCCGAGUCUAAGUGCGCUGGACCGUCCGAAAUCAAGAUGCAUCCGUCCGAAAGAGUGGCAGAACUGACGUAGGUGGGCUGCUGCUAUUUGCAUGGUAGAUUACAUGGGUGAUCAUACUCCGUGUAGAGUUGUAAUGAAAGGAUUACUCCCAAAUACAACUGCAGGC